AUGGGUGACACAAUAGACCUGCUCGGACUCGCCGGUACAUGGUUGGCCGCCAUAUUGGCGCUGGUCGCACUUGCGGGCAUCAUCCCCGCCUAUAUCCUCUACCGCGAGUCCCAAACCGGCCACUACGAAGCUCUGAGCCUCAUCGACGAUCAACUCCAUGAAUACGUCUCCAAAGGAUAUACGCUGUUGCCUGGAAAGAAAUUCUUCCGCACCGUCAAGGUACCCAAUCUCACCAUGCCACCAAGGAUUACGGCCGAAAAUCCACCGCCAUCGCAGCUGCGCAUCCAGCGAAAAUGCGAUCUGCUCGACCGUGAAGGAAGUCCGUCAUUAACUGCGUGGGUCAAUUUCGCCAAUCUUCUGCGUGCGUACAGCAUCUGCCCGCCAUUCACUGGUAAGAUUAAGGUUUCAGGCAAAGAAUCACUGCUUCCCGUCCACAGGAGCUGGAUCCUUUUGCUGGGCCUUGUGGAUCGAUAUGGCCGUCGUGAGGACUGCGGUUUAUUUGAGGGCGAGGCGUCGGAGCCAGAGUGGAGUGACCUAGGAGGAGAUGCGUUAUAUGGAUUGAGCGGCAUUCUACAGUCCAACCGUCCAAUCCGCAGUAGGGUCAAUUUUCGCAUGCACAAUAUCACCCAUAUGGCUAAAAUGCCCAGCGUUAUGCCCGCCCACGACAUGUCGCUGCGAACCCUCUUUUUCCUAUUCCUUGGCUAUAUCCCUGCUGCUGACGGAAGUCUUCUCUGCAGUGAGCUGGAGUCGAAGGAGAUGUCUAGCUCUAGAAUUACACGGUUUGUGCCACAAAGCACGGACAUGCGGAAGAAUUUUUUCUACAAGCUAAGGAUCCUUGAACCGAACGAAAUCCCACUUCGACAUAGAAGAUUGGCCGGCGAGGUGGGAAUUAGGCUGCCCAGGAUUCGCCAGGUCAGCCUACACAAGACACAUCGCGUUGACAAGAGCCCGACCAAUCCCGGCUCCUCAAGCGAGAAGUAUGGGGUGUUGGAUGGCGUCCAGUACCAACGGAUCAACCGUACCGCGUCUAAUACCAAGGUGUGGAUGGACCCAUCGGAUUCGAAAACAAUGGUUCUAUCUUUGUUACAGCUAAACAUGAAUACGUAUUCUUUCCUAUGCGACGAUCACCUCCUAGAGUUCUUCGAGAGACUGUUACCCCAAAGGAACAACAACUACCUACAACACCUUGCUGAUGAGGGCACUGAUAUCCUACAAAUUAAAAAAGAGGAGAAGAAACUCUUAAAGAACGCAAUCUCCGAGGUUUCACAAUAUGCACUAUCGUCGAUUCGAAGUCGUCGUCGGGCUUCAGCGCUGACUGCACUAGAGGGCUUGGUGAAACGCCUGGUCGAGGCAUACCAAAUCUCUACGUGGGCCAUGCAAACAAUGGCAAUUCUGUCUUUCACUGGGCGGGAUUUUAUCACCAGGCUUCUGUGUAAACCCAGCCACGUUGACCCGCAAGCAACGUUUGUAAUUGACGUGCCCGGGAAGAGUGUCCGCGUCCCAGCACUCUCAAUUUACCCUGAGACGCAGUUCGAGUUUGACUUUGCGGUGGUCUUCAAAGUGCCUAUUGGCGAAGAAGGCCCGACUGAUACCAGCUUACCGUUAUGGAAAGUAAUGUUAGCAGCUCUCUAUGGCGAUAUCAAGUGGCAAAUGUGGUCUACCGUCUUUUCCGCCUGGGACUUUUCUAGCUUCUACGCCGGUCUAGACCGAAUCGUCUAUAUUCCUGGGCAGAAUUCCCUUGAAGACCAAGACACUCUAGGUGGGCACAUGCGGGAUGUAGCCAGUGCAUGCCAGGAAAUUACUGGUCUUUUGCGCGGCCUCCGUGCUGAUCACUCUCGUCCGAAACGAAAUCGACGCUCGAGGCACCGCCGCCUUCUUUCCGACGAAGAAGAAGUAGAGCUGGAUUCCGAUUGGAGUUCGAAAGGGAGCGGCGGCAAGGAAGUCCAAGGUGCAUACUCGGAGAGAAGCAGUGCAAUAUCCAUGAGUAGCAACCUGGGGUCCAUAAGUAGCCGACAAUCGCAAGGUCCCAGCUAUGAAAGGCGCAACCCACCUUCGAGCUACGAACCUAUACGCCCAGAGGACCUUCCUCCUCGACCACAGACAGCUUCCAAUGAUUUGGCCUUGUUUGACAAGUCAACCCCUCAGACUGCGGCCAGCGAAGGCCCUCAGGUCCCGUAUCCAAAGCCUCCGCUAUCGCUGCUAUCGCCCCCAUCGGCCCUGACACAAGAAAAGCAGGAAGAGUACUUUCCGGGCCUCCAGCAAGCUCUCUCCGCUCCGUCUGAUGCCGCUGGCCUCAUGAAUCGGACUCGAGAUCACGAGAAAGUCGAUAAACACAAUGUCAUAGCUGCAAAGUGUAUCGAGCUACUUUCCGGACCAGGUACCCUUGUCCAGAAUAUUUGUCAUCUUGAGAGUCCCGGGUCUGCGAGAAUUGAUAUUAAAAGACAAGACGUGGCAGUUGCUCUCCCGCCCCAUGUUCAGUAUGCUUGCCGAUAUUGGGUAUACCACCUUGGGCAUGGUGAAUGCACUCUCACGGACGAAGACCAGGUCACUGCUUUUCUGAAAUGCCACUUGUUGCACUGGUUGGAAGGCCUCGCGCUGAUUGGAUGCAUAUUCGAAAGCAUUGCUAUGAUAAAAACUUUGCUAUCGUUGGUCGUACGAGGCCAACUCUCUGUGAUGCACUGGUUUUCAUUCCGCUAA